AUGGUCCGCUCGGUUCUCCUGCCGCUCUCUUUGGGUGCAGCAGCGCUCGCUUUCAACCCAGCAAAUGCCCAAGUUGCAGCUAAUGCAGACAUUUGCUCCAGUGCUGCCUUUCAAGCGCUGACCGGUGUACGCCUAGGCGACAGUCCCAUCUUCAUGCGGGCCCUCGUACAGGAGAAUAACGUGUGCAUCGAGUACCAAUUGGAAGCUUCGGUCGCUGCUGAUGCGGCGUGGUUUGGCGUCGGUCCUUCGCGUGGGUCCAGUAUGGUGAGCAGUCCAGCUGCCAACGUCCUGAUCUUCUUCAAAGACACGGGCGUCCCCGUGUCCUACGUCCUCGGCGGCUACACUAGUAGUGAUGUGACUCAAGAGCCAAGUGUCGAAUCGUCUGCUGUUGUCAUCGGGUCCACCAGUACGUCCGCCAUGAGCUUCAGUUACCAGCGCCCGUUGGCAGCUGUCACCUCGUCCGACGUCGCACUCUCUAAUUCGGGACCAACUGAGUUUAUCUGGGCGUAUGGAACGUCGUGGCCUAUUUCAGGCCACCGCAGUGGAACGUCCGGUGCUGCUACGUUUGACGUGGCAGCAGCUUCUGCUGGGUUGAAUGCCGCUGCAAGCACGACCAUCGGAUCCGGUGCUUCGGACAAUUGGUGCGAGGAUAAAAACUGUCCCGGGAUUGUCGGCGGUAUCGCUUUUGCGAUCAUGGCUCUAUGUGGUCUGCUGCUCACUUCGGUGCUCCGGUUCACACCUGUGGGCACACUUCUGCUCCACCGGACAGUGCUGUCACCUCCUGUCAAGCAGACGACAAAUGCACGGGUGGCAAUGCCUCAUACCAUGAUCUGGCAGACUUUAGCAGAUCUCCACGUCGGUGAAGUGCUCGUGAUGCUCAUAUUCGUUGCAGCGGUGAUUGUCUUGAGCGCUCUGUUGGACGACCAGGCCAACUAUAUCAUCUCGGGCCAAGUGGCGUUGCUGGUUCUCAUGUUCCUCCUCUUACCAGUAGCCCGUCUACCCGUGUGGUCGGCUCUCUUCAACAGCUCGUUCGAGCGCAUGGUCAAGUUCCACCGCUGGCUCGGUCUCAUUUUGAACAUUGUGCUGAUUAUCCACGUCAUCCAGGCGAGCGAUGUAGUGAGCGUGACGCUGAAUGAGAAGUACGGCGAAGUGACGCCCCUCUAUGGCUUUAUUGCCUUCGUGAGCUUCCUUGUGAUGCUCGUCUUCUCGAUCGAGGUCGUCCGUCGCUGGUUCUUUGAAGUCUUCUACUUCACGCACCGAGUCUUGUCGAUCGUCGGCCUCGUGUUUGCGAUCUUGCACGCACCCAAGCACAUUGGACUUGCACUGUGUGUCCCGCUUGGAUUGUAUGCUUUGGGCGUGCUGUACCGCUGGUCCAGUGCUUUUACGGGCUCUUACAAGGCAGUCGCGUCGGUGCACGCUGCUUCGAGCUCGACGACGCUGGUCUUGGAGUCGACAACAAAGACGGGCAAGAUGGCUAUGAACGUGAACCCGGGCUCGUACUUCCUCGUGCGUUUGCCGGCGAUCUCGGCGAUCCAGUGGCACCCGUUUUCGUCCAUUGUGAUGCCUGAUGGCAAGUCGCUGGGCUUUUGCUUGAAGGCGAUGGGGCACGGCUCGUUCACGCACAAGCUGAUGGAAAAAGCUCGGACGCAGCAGGAUCUUCGUCUCAACUUGUGCGGUCCGUUUGGCAAUAUGUCGGUGAAUGUAGAGCGCUAUGAAGCUGUUGUUCUCGUGGCUGGCGGCGUGGGGAUCACUCCGAUGAUGAGCUUGAUCAAUCAGACGCGCUUGUUUCCCAAGAGCACCAGCGAUCUGGACAAGGCACCAAAGACGGUAGACUGGUUCGUCUUGUGGUCGGUGCGCCAUCCGGAGGACAUUUUGAUGAUGGAGCAGUUCCUGCCAACGUAUGCGCAGCUCGAUUACUCUGCUCACGCGAGUGUCCAGGACCCGAAUCAUGCACCGGCACCCAUGAACAUCAAGUGGAUGAUUCACGUGUCAAAGGCUGGAGUCGACGGUACGAUCGCACGUGCCAACGGCGAGACUCUGCCAUAUCGCGCUGGCAAGCCGAUUCUCGAUGAAUUGAUCAACACGAGUCGCUUCAAUGACCGCAAAGUGACUGUCGUGGCAUGUGGACCGCCCACUAUGACUGUGGAAGCUCAAGCACUCGCGCGUGACUGCAGCUUUGACUUUCAUAAAGAGGUCUUCAAUUGGUGA